CUCGUUGAAAAUGGCGUCGGUCGCGACAAGAGCCAUGUGAUAUCGUUCCGUCGUCUGCAUAAACAUCUAAAAUAGCCUUCAAACCGCGUUCUGAAACCACUCGGACACAUUGAGCUGUCACUUCUCUCUUUGGGACCUUUUCCAGAAAACGGCUCCAAGUGGUGGGGCCUAAAAUACAGAGAUGGAUUUUAACUCUGCACUGUCCGGGGCAGGCGACUUCGGCACUUAUCAGAAGCUGCUGGUGCUGUUGCUCGUGGUUCCCUCUGGCGCUCUGUGCGCGCUCGUUUACUUUACCCAGUACUUCAUCAUCCUCAUUCCCGAUGAUUAUUCGUGCCACCUUGCCGAAGUUCCUCAAGCUCUGCUGAACGCGACCAACCUCACAUCCGAUCUUCUCAAGGCUCUGGCCUUGCCUCCUGACGAGGAAGGCAAAGGAACACUCAGCCAGUGUCGCAUGUAUGAUGUCAACCUAACAUCUCUCAUUGAGGCUGGCACCGUGGUGGCAAAUGCUUCAUGGGACACAGUGGGCUGCCGUAAUGGCUGGGACUACAAUUUUGGCAACCUCUAUCCAACGAUUGCAACAGAGCUGAAUAUGGUGUGUGACCAAAGUCAUCUUUCUUAUUAUAUACAAACAUUUUUCUACGCUGGAACCAGCAUAGGCUCAGUAUUUUUCGGCUUCAUCGCUGACAGGUACGGCCGAAAGCCAUCAAUAAUCCUAAGCUAUGCCUUGGCAUGGCUGGCCGGUUUGGUGUCAUCUUUUGUGAAGAGCCUGGCCGGCUUCUCCAUUCUGCGCUUUCUUGUGGGAAUGUGCAUCAUUCCACUUUCUGAAGAUCCUUACUGUCUUGAAUACAUAGGACCCCGCUGGAGAACACUGCCCAUAGUACUGUGGGCACUGUCAUACAUUGUCUUCUCUAUGCUGUGUCCAUGGCUGGCUUAUGGCAUUCAAAACUGGACCUACUUGUCUGUCUGUACAAGCAUGCCAUUGCUGCUGAUUGUCGUCUUCAUGAGGUUCGUGCCGGAAUCAGCCAGCUGGCUGCUGACACGAGGCCGCAACGAGGAUGCGGUGAAAUACCUGCGUAGGGUGGCCUUCUUCAACAAGAGGGACAUCCCUGACAACCUGGAACUGAAGGCAGAUCGAGGGGCCAAAGAAGACGCCAAGAGGGUGACAUUUCUGGACUUGUUCCGCACACCAAGGAUUCGCAAGCAUUCCCUGCUGAUGCUGUGUGCAUGGUUUGUCACGUACUGCUGCUACCACACCAACGUCUACAACACGUCAUUCCUCGGCACAGAUGUAUACCUCUCGUACACGUUGGGCUCCCUAGUGGAACUGCCUGGAAUGCUGCUUGUGCUGUUUGGCUUGGACACGCUUGGUCGCCGCUGGCCGAUGAUUAUUGUGACGGGUGUCGCUGGCAUUGUUGGCAUCCUGUCCAUUCUCUUCCGCAACGGUUCCCAUAUCUCUGUACUGGUGCUGAGCCUUCUAAUGAGGGUGUGCCUGACGGCCGAGUAUGACACCAUCAUGCAGUACUCUGCUGAGGUGUACCCAACUGUUCUCAGAGGUCGUGGCCUAGCAUUGCUACGCUUUGCUGGCACUCUCAGUCUCUAUGUUAGCCCAUCGAUCGUCUAUUUG